UUGCAGCGGCACCAUCAACGAUCUUCACCUGAAAGCUUACAAACCAACUGCCACCCCAUUGAGGAACCCUCUUGCCUGGGUUUGGAAUAUACACACACGUACCUGCCUAACGUUGUGGGGCUAACGAGCCAGGAAGAAUCUGCGAAACGGCUGCGCGAUUACUCUUCUUUAUUAAAAAUAGGCUGUUCCAGCUACGUGGAGUUCUUCUUAUGCUCUGUAUACUUUCCAAUGUGUACAGAAAUUAUGGGAGAAGUUGUUUACUUGAGUCCUUGUGCUUCCUUCUGCAACCACGUAAGACAGCAUUGUGCACCGAUAAUGCUCCGUUUUAAUUUUAAAUGGCCUGACGAGUUGAAUUGCACAAAACUGCCAUCAGAUGAUAAAAUUUGCAUUAGACCACAGACUUUUGAAGGUGACGGAAGCGCCAACAUUUGUUGUGUGGUUCAUUUUACUUUCGCACAUUAUGCGAACAUUGGGAUCGCAUCCUGGUUUGUUAUAGCAUCAAUUUCUUGGUUUCUUUCCUCGAGCAAAGGGUGGGCCCUGGAGGCGAUUCAGCGUUGGGAUCGCUGGUUUCACAUAUGUGCAUGGAUUGUGCCUUUUUUCCCAACUACGGCUAUUCUCUUUCUCCAAGCAAUUGACACCGACGAACUAACGGGCUCAUGCCACGCUGGAUAUCAGGACAAGCUCACAUAUUUUUUAUUUGUAAUUUUUCCAGAAGCUAGUUUUGUAAUCGUUGGAGUUACACUGAUGUCAUUUGCCCUAGCCUCUUUGAUCCGAGUUUAUAGGGAUUUAAAGAGUUUUCACCGACUGCCAUUUUCGGUAGUAGUAAAAGUCGUUCGAACUCCUGCGAACAGGAGACGUUUGCUUAAAUCAAUUCAUAGGGCCCUCAUAACAAUUGUGUGCGUAGCUGGACCUCUACUUCUUGGAAUAAUUGGAGAUAUUUGGAUGUGCUUCGGUACUCCGUCAACCUCAGUGCCUGUAAGUCUGCUCAAGCCAGCAUCAAUGGAAACUGUAGGAAUCGGAGCCGGACUAGUGUUAUGGGGUAAUUGGAAGACCCUCAGAUGCAGAUGCCUCAGUGGUGGCGACAUAGUAGCUCCUACUAAAGCUGACUCAUUGCAACUUCAACGCAAUUCUGCCGAACCCAAAAGUGAGUCCGUUGGAAACCAUUGUGUGUCUUUACAGGAAUCAGCACCUUGA